CACGCUCGGGCAGUGCUGGCGAUUUGACACAGCAGAGUGCGUCUGGGCUUUUACGCUCUCGGUGUAGAUAAAACUCUCACGGAGGCAAGAAAUGAAUUGCAGAAGCAACUAAGUGCAUUUGAACGGUAAUUAAAUCGCGUAGAAACGUGAAGACGAGUGUGUGCAACUAUCCAUCUCCAUCAUCAUGGCCGAGGACAACUCCUGGAAGACGAGCAACUUUCGCCAGAGCGUCGUUAACAAGAUCAAUGAGGCCAUCCAGCAGACGGGCAUGACAUCGUCGAAGAAUGGCAUCGAGAUGGAAAACCAUGUGUUUCACAAGGCUCGCAACAAGGAUGAGUAUCUCGGGUUUGUCGCCCGCCUGAUACUGCACGUACGUGAGAUGAACACGAAGCACAAAAACCAACAGAAUGCGGCAGCAGCGGCAGCGGCGGCCGCACAGCAGGCUCAGCAGGACGGUGGAGGCAACAGCAGCCAGCAGGGCGGUGGUGGUGGAGGAGGCGGCAGCGGUAUGCCCGAUCCCAUCAAUGCGUUGCAGAACCUUGCGUCGCAGGGCACCCGGCCACAGAUGAUGGGCCAGAUGGGCGUAGGACCGGGCGGUCCCAUGGGCGGACAGAUGGGCGGUGCUGGGCAGGCGUCCAAUCUGCUGCACUCGCUGCGCCCGCAGAUGCAGAUGGGUGGCAUGGGUGGCCCGAUGCAGGGUAACCGGGUGGGCAUGGGGCCGGGCAAUCAGAUGGGUGGCAUGAUGGGUGGCCCGAACCAGAUGCAGGGUCCGGGCGCCGGGAUGGUCGGUGGAAUGCCGGGGCAGAUGGGUGUGGGGAUGGGGCCGGGCGGCAUGAGCGGUGGCAAAAUCGUGGGAAUGGGCGGCCAGCAGCAGCAGAUGGCCCAGCUGAACGCAAUGCAGGUCAACCAGAUGCAGCAGGCCCAACAGCAGCAGCAACAGCAGCAACAGCAGCAAGGUGGCAUGUCACAGCCGCAGCAGCAGCAGCAACAACAGCAGCAGGGAGGUAUUGCCCAAGGACAGGGCGGACCCGUGCAGCAGAUGGGCGUAGGCCCCGGCGGACCAAACCAGAUGAACCCGAUGGUGAUGGGACAGAUACAGGCGCAACUGCAGAACCAGAACGCAAUGGGUGGACAGCAAAUGGGGACGGUUGGUGGUACGAUGAACGCCGGCAACCAAAUGGGCCAGAUGGUUGGUGCGAACGCAGGCAUGAAUCCGCAGGCAAUGGGAAUGGCCUCGAAUCAGGUGGUUCGCCAGCAACAGCUACAGCAGCAGGGCAUGGGCCAGGUGCAGAUGGGCCUUGGGCCCGGCCAGAUGGGCCAGCUGAGUGCGGGCGUGCAGGGUGGCGUUGGACACGGAGGCCCCGGUCCGAACAUGGGCCAAGUCCAACAGCAAGUAGUCGUGCAGCAACAGCAACAACAGCAGCAGCAACAGCAACAGCAACAGCAUCAGCAGCACCAACAGCUGCAGCAACACCUGCAGCAGCAUCCCCAGCAACAUCAGCAGAUGCAACAGCAUCAGCAACAAAUGCAACAGCAGCAGCAGCAACAGCAGCAACAACAGCACCAGCCCCAACUGCAGCAACAACAAAUGCAACAGCAUCAGCAACACCAGCAAAUGCAGCAACAUCAGCAGCAUCAGCAGCACCAGCAACUGGCCCAGCAGCAUGGACAGCAUCCCCAGCAGCAUCCGCAGCAACAGCAACAACAGCUUCAGCAGCUGCAACAACACGGACAUCCACAAAUCCAGCAGCAGCAGCAGCAGCAGCAGCAUCAACAGCAACAGGUGCUGCUGAAUGCAAUGGGACAGGGCCCGGGCGUUGGUCCAGGCGUCGGCUCGAUUGGCGGACCGAUUGGUGGUCCCGGAGGUCCGGGUGUUACGCUGCAACAGCAAGCCAUGCAGCAGCAGCAACAGGCUGGCGGAAUGGGCCCUGGUGCCGGCCCGAAUCAAAUGAACCCUGGUGUAGCGAUGGGCCCUGGCGGAGUGGUGGGCCCUGCCGGCGGUGGCGGUGUGAUGGGCCCCGGCCCGAACCAGAUGCUCGGAGCGGGUGGUGCCGGCGGACCGGGAGCAGGCCAGCAGGGCAACUUUGUUGGAAUGGGAGCGAACGCGAUGGUGCGCAAGCCGCCGGAAAUGAUGCCGGGCGGAAACGUGUACCCGGGCAGUGGUGGAGCGGUGCGCAGCGUGACGCCCAAUAACUUCCUGCGCCAGUCGCCUUCCCCGUCCGUGCCGUCGCCGGUCGGGCCGGGAGCGCACGGUCCGCCGUCCCACCCGGGACAGAUGAUACCCUCGCCGGCCCUGAUCCCAUCGCCCAACCCGCACAUGGGCGGGGUGGCCCAACGUUCCACGAUCGGCCAGUCGCCCGGCGGCUCGUUAAACACGCCCGGCCAGCCGGGUGGCGCCGUGCCCAGCCCGCUAAACCCGCAGGACGAGCAGCUGUACCGGGAGAAGUAUCGCGCCCUCACCAAGUACAUCGAGCCGCUGAAACGGAUGAUCGCAAAGAUGGAGAACGACGAUAUCGAUAAGAUUGCGAAGAUGAAACGGUUGCUAGAAAUUCUUAGCAAUCCGAGCGUUCGCAUCCCGCUCGAGACACUGCACAAGUGUGAGGCCGCGCUAACGAGCCAGCUGGGAUCGAUCCGUGAAACGCCAACGAACAACCCGCUGGUCGAGGCCGUCUCGAGCAGUCUGCAGGCUGCCACGGGCAACCACACCCUGCAGCGUACCUUCCGCCCCUGUCUGGAGGCGCUGUUCGGGCCGGACAUUAAAAAUUUGCCCCCACCGGCAAAGCAAUCCCGACUGGCGCUGGACGAUACGGGCGCGGCCGUUGGAACGGGUGGCGGAGUGACUACCGGUGGUGCGACUACCACCACCACCAGCACCACGACAGCGGCCUCUACGACUGGUAGUGCAUCGUCUACUACCAGCACCACCGCCAGCAGCACCACUGCACCGCAGGAGAUACCGCACAUUCUGCAGGGCGAAAUCGCUCGGCUGGAUCAGAAGUUCAAGGUAUCGCUGGACCAGUGCGCCAUCAGCGGUACGCGCACGAUCAAGCUAAUCUGCUGGCUGGACGAUAAAAAUCUGCCCUGCGUGCCGCCGGUCGCCGUCACCAUCCCGGAGGACUAUCCAUCGACCGCCCCGAGCUGCUCGCUGAUCGAGCAAGAGUAUAACGCGACGCCAUUCCUGAUACUGGUGCAGAAAUCGCUGAUGGCGCGCAUCUGCAAGCUGCCGGGACUGUUCACGCUAUCGCAUCUGCUCGACACGUGGGAAAUGUCGGUCAGGCAGGCGUGCUCGCCGAAUCCAACGAUUGUAGCACCCACCGGCACGAGCGUACUGCUGGGCAUGUAAUGUUAAAUAAUGAAGCCGACCGCCGAGCAGGAGAGUGUACAAUAGAAGUGAAUUUUAUAUUACCACCCACAAGAAUACGCAAGUGUAUGCGGCCAAACGGAUUUAUUGUGCAUGUAAUAUAACCGAUUGAACCAUUUUUAAAUUAAUAUCGACAAAAGGUUAAAGUAAAGUAGAUAGUGCAUUACUUAAACGGAA